AUGUCGAACCUUCCCAAGGAGUCGGAAUUCGAGCUGUUUUACGAGGCGUAUUCGGAAGAGUGUGCUUUGAGCAUCACCACUGUCCUGGAACGGGUCAUCCAGUUCCGUGUUGUGUGGGAGAACGACAAGGGUGAGUGGCAGGCCACCCGCAGCUGCCGAGUCCAACACAACUCAGUGCUCGGUGUUUACAAAGGCGGUCUGCGCCUGCACGAAUCUGUGCUGAAGCUUCUCGAGUUUGAGCAAAUCUUCAAGAAUGCUCUCACUGGUUUGAACAUUGGCGCAGGCAAAUCCGGCUCGAAUUUCUCGCCAUACGGAAAGCGUGACGCAGAACGCCACAUCGACGUCGACAUAGAUGUUCCCGCAGGAGAUAUUGGCUUCUCCGCUAGGGAGGGUGGCUACUUCUUUGGAAAGCGCAAAAAGCGUCAAAACGAGGCUUGGGCUUGGGGAGUAACCGACUACGGCACCUGGUACUUUGUGGAGCACAUGAUGACCCAUAGCGAAUGUGAUGGUACACCUUUCAAGGGAAAGAAGGUUGCUAUUUCAGGUUCCGGUCAAGUUGCGCAGUUUGCCGCGCUCAAAGUGAUCGAGCUGGGUGACACAGUCCUGAGCCUGGGCGAAUCAAAGGGUGCGCUCAUUUCCCGUGAUAAGGCAAGCUGGCAGAAGGAAUGGAUUGAAGUGGUUGUCGCGAUCAAGAGCAACCGUGACGAGCUCAGCAAGCUCGGCAACAAGGGCGGUAAGUUCCAGUGGCACAGCAGUGUGGCCCAGCCGUGGAAGCUUUUAAAGAUAGAUGACAAUGAGGUGGAUGGUUCGGACGCCAAUGAGAUGCCCGCGCGUGGCUGCCGCUACGUGGGCGAGGGGGACAACACUCCUUGCAACCUCCAGGUAAUCAAUAUUUUCGAACAUUCGCGCAUCGACAAGAGAAGGCAAAGAUGUUGGUAUGGUCCGGGCAAGGAGGGCAAUGCGGGCGGCGUCGCUGUCAGCGGUCUCGAGAUGACACGGAAUUCAGCUCGCUUACAGGUCACCCGGGACGAGGUCAAUGCCAAACUCCAGGACAUCAUGAAGGCUGUCUUUGAUGUGUGCGCUAAGGAGGGUGCCGCCCACCCCACCGUGUACUAG